AUGCAGGGAAAUGCUAACGUCAAACGGACUGCUCUCACUGCUUCAGACAUCACUUCGCUGCCUGCUCCGUCUUCCCCGCAGGAUGCUGCCGUGGCAGUGCGUGCCGUCGUUCAUCCAGGCCCUUUCUUUGUUCGACGAACGCUUUUGUCGAAAGAUUUGCUUUCACGAGAGUCCACACGUAACUCACCACCUACAGAAACGAGACCAAGACUCAUAAACGGAUUGCACAUGGUUCUAAAACUUUCUGGCAGAGUCAACCUGUCAGGAUGCAGUCGUGGCGGAUUGGCGGAGGCGGAUUAUCCUCUUCUCGGCAAUUCUGCAACGGCUCCUAGACUGGUUUGUGAGUUUGAUUUACAGCGGGAGGAAAUGGAGAAGGGUCUGUCCUCCACAUCCUAUCCGGAGGCAGUAGAGGGCCUCAGGACAAGAUGGAGAGUGUCUAGCUGUUUAUCUUGGAGCAAGUGA